AUGGGUGGAAUGGUGGUGGGUGGUGGUGGUGGUGGUGGUGACUUUGGGGUUUCGGGAGGGAAAGAGGAGCGUGGUUAUGGCUAUGGCUGUGGCUGUGGGAGGGAGAGAGAAGCGGCAGAAGAGAAAAAGGGGGAGAAGAAGAAGAAGACAAAGAUCGGGCGGUGUCGAAACCCCAAACCUCUCUUGAAAAAGUCCACGACGCCAUUCGCCGAUCUGAACAACCGCCUUCCACCACCACCACCACCACCACCAAUAACCAAGUUUUCGUCCUCAAAAGUUGAAAGCUGUUUGUUGAAGGAGGUUAGGAGCCGUUUGGCAUCUCAAGAGCAGUCUUUUGUUAAAGAGAACCUAACAAGACAGGAGGCAGAAACAAAGGCUAAGAACAUGGAGGAGGAGAUUUGUAGAUUGCAGAAGACAUUGGAGGAGAGGAAUGGACAGCUUGAGGCUUCAGCUUCUAAUACUGAGAAGUGUGAUCGAAAGGCUGGUGGAAAUUUGAAGGAAAAACUUUAAAUCAUUAUUCCACAAUUGGAGGAUGUGCACCAGAGGAAGACAGAGAGAGAGUCAAUUUGCUGAAGUGUUAAAUAAGUUACAGGAAAUAUCAAACCUGAUUAAUCUGUGAAAAGACU